AUGGAAGCUUCUAAAGUCCGUGGAAGAGAUAACUUCACAGCCCUAAAAGUUGAUACUAACUCCCCAAUUUAAAUUUUAAUAAAAUAUUGGUAAGAUAUAUAAAAAUAAAUUUAUAUUGUUUAUUUAUUUUAAAAAAGGAGUAAAAAAUAUUUAGAAACCACUGAUGAUCUAUGAGAAGAAAUCCGUCCAUCUGGCAAGCAUCCAUCCAGAAGAAGCUACCAUUCAGCCUCUGUGUGGCAAAACCGAAUGUACAUCUAUGGUGGGCAAGAUUUAAGAGAAGGCCCUCAAAGAGGCUUAUGGGAACUCCAAUUAGCCCCAACUCGAUGGGAAGAAGACAAAUGAGUCGAAAUACCCACCGAAAACCACGGACCCUUAUGCAGGCACACUUCUAUAGUAAAAGAUAACGAUAUGUACAUUUUUGGUGGGACUGAUGGGAUCAAUGAAUAUAACACCACAUUAAUUUUCAAUUUUGUGGACCAAACCUGGUCAACAAUCGCCCCAGAACACCAAAGCUGCCCUCCACCGUUAGAUUCACACUCAGCCGCACUCUACGAAGACGGUGAAAACUCUUAUAUGGUCAUUUUUGGUGGCUAUCUAUCUGGAGACAGGUCGAAUGAAACUUAUACACUAAACUUAAAAACCGAUAAAUGAAGCCAUAUCCCGUUAUCUAGCCCAGCUCCUGAGCCAAGGGCAAAUCACGCUUGUGCUAUAUAUGGAGAUUAUUUUUAUAUUUUUGGAGGGUCUAAUGAGGAAGGAGAAAAACUUAACGAUUUUUGAAAAUUAGACUUAAAAAGCAAUAUUUGGCAGCAGGUAAAUGCUCAAGGAGAAGCCCCAACAGGAAGAUCUGGACAUUCGGCAGUGGUUUUUAAAGAGUUCAUGAUCAUUUUUGGAGGCGUGAAAGAUAUAACUCGAGAAACCAACGAUAUGUAUUCAUACAAUUUUGAAGGAAAUAAUUGGAUUUGUUUCCAAGGAGAACAACAAGUCAAAGAUCCAGUCACAUCAGAGCAGCUUGAAGAAUACAAAAAAUCAAAAGCAAGCCCUACUUAUCCGAAAUCUAAAAAUGACUGCAAUAGCCCUACAAGAAGUCCGACACUUCCAAAAUAUAAAAAAGACUGCAGCAGUCCUACUAGAAGUCCAGCCCGACGACAAACUAUAAAUAUUUCCCCACAAGGAGACCAUUCUCCUAUAAGACGAAAAACCCUUUAUGAUGGCCCGGCUACUCCUAUUGCAGGUCGUAUAAAAGGGAACGCUCCACACGCCCGCGAUGGCCAUUCAGCGGUAAUGGUAAACAAUAUAAUGAUUAUUUUUGGUGGAGACCGCCAUCAAAUGCCAUUUAAUGAUGUGUAUGCUUAUACACUCCUAGACCAUGUCGUAACAACCCCGUUAAUUAGUAAUUAA